UUGGAGCGUUUCUAUUGCUCCGAAAACAUUCCCAAAUGAUUUGGGAAAGCAAAGAGGAACUUGUAAGCACUGAAAGUAAAGCAUACUUGCACAUUUCGAAAAAAAUGGAAAAAGCAAAAAAGAAAAACAUACUUAAAAAGAGGAAUAUACUAUUAGAAGAUCAUUUGGAGCUACAAAUCUUGUAUUAAAUAUUGGCAAUUAGGCUGUAGAUGAGUGCAGUAGUUGAAUUUGUUUAAAGAAAUAACCAGUGUUUGAUCCAAGCUAAGAUCAUUCUUCAGGAAAAUCAAGAAGGAACCCCCCCUCGCGCGCGCGACAGAGAUGUGGGAAUCAAUCUGCCUCACGGUAGCGGCCACCGCCGGUAACAACAUCGGCAAAGUCCUCCAGAAGAAGGGCACCAUCAUCCUCCCCCCUCUCUCAUUCAAGCUAAAGGUGAUAAGAGCAUAUGCUUUUAACAAAGUUUGGGUUAUAGGCUUCCUAAUGGAUAUUUUUGGAGCCCUCUUAAUGUUGCGAGCAUUAUCUCUGGCCCCAGUUUCUGUCAUUCAGCCUGUUUCUGGCAGUGGGCUUGCCAUCCUUUCAAUCUUUUCACAUUUUUAUCUGAAGGAGAUUAUGAACACUAUUGAUUGGGUGGGAAUCACUUUGGCUGGCAUUGGCACUAUAGGUGUUGGUGCUGGAGGGGAGGAGCAGAGCGCUUCAUCAAUCUCCAUUUUCAAUUUACCAUGGCUGGCAUUUGCUGUUGCAUUCUUGUUUGUGCUCCUUAAUGGCUGGCUUCGCAUCUAUAGACGCCAACGAAGAGAACAAGAGUUGGUACAGUAUGAAGUGAUUGAGGAAAUAAUUUAUGGGUUGGAGUCUGGCAUUUUGUUUGGGAUGUCAUCUGUUAUAUCGAAAAUUGGGUUUUUAUUUUUGGAGCAAGGCUUCUCGAAACUGCUGGUACCCGUUUGUAUCUCGAUCAGCAUAUGCUGUAGCGCUUCUGGGUUUGUGUAUCAGACACGCGGUUUGAAGCAUGGGAGAGCAAUUGUAGUGUCCACAUGUGCUGCGGUUGCAUCAAUUGUUACUGGUGUACUUGCUGGUAUGCUUGCUUUGGGAGAGCGCUUGCCUUCAGCGCCAAUGGCUCGUCUCUCACUUUUGCUCGGAUGGCUAUUCAUUGUGAUGGGUGUGAUUCUGCUGGUAACUUCAUCGCGGCUUCUGCGACUCCUUCCACGCCCAUUUAGGCGUCUUUUGAGCGUGGAAAGAAACCAGGGACUACGCCAGGUGCGCACUAGAGAACGAGAACCUAGUCCUACCGCUGUUAUCCAAGCCUCAACGUUGCAUCACCUCAUAACAUCUCCAUCCAAAGAUAAAUCUUGAUCACUCACUAUUUACUCAAAUACAAUAACCUCAUCUCAAGCUUUUUUCUUCUCACAUGCUGUACAGUUCAGUAAUACAUCACCACAUUGCAAAUUUGCAAGAGAGAACAUUUUUUUUUUUUUUUUUUUUUCACACAUUCAUUAAUUGUCACUGGAAAGACAAAAAGAAUGGUUCAUGUGAUUCAUAUGUUUGUUGUGUUGUAUUUGUAUUAUUAUUAUAGAUGGGCUGCAUUAUCAAUUUGUCCA